CCAGCCACCAGUCUCUUUAACUUCAUAUACAAAAUAAUUCCUACAAAAUUCUCGAAAUUACUAUGAAUAUAUAAAAUAAAAUGGAGAAUGAAAAGAAAGACCUGACGGCAGUGAAAUGUCCUUUGCAGAAAAUUCAGCACAAUGACGCUACGUUUGUUGGUUGCGAUUCAAGCAAUCGUGAUUUGGAGAAGUGCCGCAGCUGCCUCACUCCCUUCUGCCGUAAACCCAUUAAGAUUUACCAUAAUUCCCGGAAUUAUCUAGCCUGCGAGGUCCAGAGAUCACAGUCUACAAAUUCCAUUAGGUCACUGCCAGUCAAAUUUCCAUCAACACCAAAAAGAUCACUUACCACAGAAAAGGAUAAUGAGUCCCCGUGGUCGCAUGGUAAAAGAUGUUUACAAUGCGCAGCUCCCAAGUGCAAAACAUACUCCAGAAGUUCCAUUCAGUCUAAAAAGCUGAAAAAAGAUAAGAAUUCUGUGUUAAAGGAAUUUGAAAUAUACAAAAUGCCCAACUUCCGACGCAAGCCCAUACAACAAGCCAUACUAAGGGAAACCAAUAAGUAUCGAAGGCUCCACAACGCCAAUCCCCUGAAAAUGGAUGAAAAACUUUGUUCCUAUGCACAGGAUUGGGCAGAUCAUUUGGCUGAUCAGAAUAAACUGGAAACUCGACCUAAUCCUCUUUAUGGCGAGAAUAUAAUGUGUGUCCGGAGAUCCAAAUUCUCCGUGGAUCAAAUACUGAAACUGUGGUACCAAGAAAAGUACAACUUCGAUUAUUUAAAGCCAGGCUUUAAUUUGUACACUGGGCAUUUUACCCAGUUGGUUUGGAAGGAGUCGGAGUUCCUGGGAGUGGGCGUGGCAUGCGAUGUUUCUUCCAUUUGGAUUGUGUGCAAUUACAAUCCGCCUGGAAAUGUGAGCGAUCAUUUCAGGGAAAAUGUCCUGCCUAGAAAAUUCCUUCUACUGAAAUCGGAUUUGGAUGCCGAGGAAACUAGUAAAUCGAAACAUCACAAUCUAAAAUAGAAAAUGGUAAAUAAAACAAACAAAUACUGGACCUAGAUUACGCUUUUAUUAUGCUUAAAAUUUUGAUCAAAAAAACCCAGAGUUAUUGCUUGGGCGGCACAUUAUCCUUGAACAAACCCACAACAUUGCCGGGAGGAUUGUAGUUGCAAACCACCCAGGUUCUAUCCGCUCUAUUGGAAGACAUGUAUGAAUAGGAUUACCAUAUAAGCCACUAGACUCACUUUCUAGCCACACCCGAACCCAUUUCCACCGACGACUUCCAAAUGAGCUGAGUGAAGUGUCCAGCGGUGGGCACAAACUGCGCCUUGUUAAAGUCGUAGCUAUUGAUUUCCCGAUACCACAUUUCCACCGGCAGAUCACCGGUCACAUCCAUUCCACCGGAGAGGAAAAUGUUUUCGCCGUACUUGGGAUUGGGUCUGUGCGCCAUUGUGUUCUGAUCGCGGAGAUG